AUGUCCAUUAGCCUAUGUAUAAUGAAUCCGGGUGGCUCUCCCUCAACCGUUGCCCCGAUGCAAUCAUCUCAAGCGACUAGUUCAACGAUGGAUCGAGACCGCCAAACUAUUGAUGGUGGUGAAAAAGGGCAAAACAUCAGCAAAACGUACAGAAAAGCUAUGAUGCCACAGUACCAGUCGACCGCGGUGCCGAUGAUGUACGGCUCAAAUAAGCGGCAAAAGUGUUUCAAUAAUUCCUCUAACCGUAAGAAACAGCAACACUUGAUCAACAACCUAAAGUCAUGGAAUCUGCAAAUAGCGCCCAGUGGCCUGGACAAACCCGACGUCGAACUGUCGACAGUAACCGCCGCCGCUUGUCAGAAAAAGGAAGUGGUUCGCCCUUUUGCUUCCAAAUGCACUGCCCCAGCAAAGCCCGUGCAAGAUAGUGCAGCGGCCUCCGUUGGCGAAGGCAUUAAAUUGUCCUCGAAGAAAAAAGUACUAGAAUUUAAAAGCAAUAGAUGUAAAUUUGAGGAAAUGAAGGAGAAUACUUUAAUCAGAUUGGCCACGCUCAAGAUAGAUCGUGACAUCGCGAGCAAUCCAAAGGAACAAUCGAAGAUUAAGCUUACAAAAUCGAUUGAUCUGCCUACGGAAGAAUCGGUCGUUGAAGACAAUGGCCAAAGUCAUGAAUCUCCUGCUCAUCUGAGCGAAACGGUGGCGAGCUCAACGACAGAAGCAUCUUCAGGAUGUGCGGGCGAAGUGUCAGCUAAGCCAAUAGUAUCUGCGAUAGCCGUUGCUGAGUCCCAGUCAUCAACUUUCACUGUAAGAGGAAGUCAUCAAAAGCACUCACACAAAUCAUUUGCUCGUUCAUCAACUACCAACACUAGUACAUCAGCUGCACCAACCAGUGUACCUUACACUGUGUGUGUAGAAACGUUAGCCGAUGGAAGUAGGAACGGUAUAGACUGUACCAAUGCAUCUGGUCAGACCCACGUAUCAGUGAUGUCCCUGAUGUUGCAGGGAAAUUCGAAACAGAACGAGUCCCUGCGAUUGGACUAUUUUUCCGAUAAUUCAUCGGUAGCGUCAUCCUCGCAUACGAAAACAAUUCAUCCAAAUCAACUUGUUGGUCAGCAUCACGGGUCAUACAUUCCUACGCUCGGAGCUCAAGUGAUCAGUCGCCAUGAUCAUCAUCAUUCGGUGUCACAGAACAAUAAUACGUCACCCAACCAAUACAAAUUCGAUUUCCUACGUGAUGUUGGGUUGAAAAUGUCUCUUUCCAAUGUAACCGGCGGAGCAAACAACACCUCUACCGGUGACGUUUCCAUGUAUCGCGGCUCAUCGCAAGCACAUUAUAACUUUACUCAACAAUUCCAGCAGCAAAUGAUGCAGCAUCAGCAAACCAAUCCGUUGCAGCAACAAAAUCACGGCUCCAGUCACCAGUCACCACAUCAUCAGCCGCCACAUCAGCUACUACAGCUUCACCGGCUUAUGCCACAACAGCCUCCAUAUGGCAGAUCUCAAAAUGUGUAUGGUGGCGAUGAACUGUCUGCUGCACAACAUUGCGGAUUGAGCGAUCCACAAGGGUUUUCCAGUUUUACCCUCCUGAAUACGGUCGAGGGCCAUAGUUCUAUGCACGUAGGUAAAGAUAUUGAGCUAUCAUCCUACCUCUACAACCAGAACGGUGGCGGUGUCCACUCGCAGCACCAAGCAAUGCAUUACAAGCAACAGCUUUUGGAGCAGCAACAACAACAUACAGUUCAGAUGCAAAACUAUCACCAAAAUAAUAACUAUCAGUAUCAUAAUCGCAACGGCCAGGGCCAAACGGGCCAUCAGUUGAGCUACCCGUCACAGGGUGCUGCCAGAGUAAUUGGUACAGUAACUGGAAGAGAAGAAGGUGGACGGAAUGGCGUGAAUGGCAAGAAGUUCUGGAACGCUCAUGGUAAAGGAAGAAAUAAUUCGUACCAUACUAACAAUGGUAGUAGUAAGCAGGCUAGCAAGAUGCAAAGUGCUGGGUUUGGAUAUCGGAAAAACUAUCAGCAUUACUAUAACCAUCCUGCUGGCAGCGGAAAUCAUUACUACGAACAUAUCACGAUUCAGCAGCAGCAGCAGCAGCAGCAGCAUCAACAGCAAGCUCAGUCCCAUCACCACCAUAAACAGCAACACUUGCAUCGGAAUUUGGUGUACGUGCGAGGAUACGACAGGGGCCAUGGUGCUGUGUCCUCACACGAAUAUGCUAAUGGUAACCAGCACCAAGAAGUGGAACACACAGAACAACUAUCCCAUUCCGCGCCAUCAAGCCCCCCGGCGGGUAACAGUGCAGUAGAGGAUACUGUCAACUGUUCGGAAGCUGUUGAAAAGAAUGGCGAUAAUCAGCCAACGACGGAAAACUCGAAAAUUUCUUCUAACGCGCACGAUGCGCUUUCCUACGAUGGCUAUCGGGAGGAGGAAAGUUGUGAGGAAAAGGUAAAAAGUUCAGAAUUGCGCGAAGAACGUGUUUACAGCUCAAGGAAACUGUGUGGCGUACCUCGCUCAUCAUCGUCCUCGUCCGUGGUGUCGAUCCCGUCGACAGAGUCAUCGGUGAUUUCGUGCAACACAUCUCAGCUUGAAUCUACGCUCGCCAAUGGACAUGAUUACGAGUCGGAUUCUUCACACUCGUCCGAUUAUCGGGAGGGAACAUUCCGCUAUUCGAAAUACAACGAUACGAACGUUAGUCAAGGGACCCGUUCGACAUCGUCCGCCUCAUCGGGAGUAUCGUCGUCUUCCACAACAUAUCCACCUUUGAAGGAGUUUGUCCCAUCGGCACCAUCGUCUUUGCACGCCUCGACCGCAGGCCUCGUUGGUGAAUUUAUGGUGCGCAGCCAAAGCUUUCAUGGCUCACAUCAGAAUCUCACCACUUACGGUAAUGGUAAUGGUGGUGGAUGUGGUGUUGAUGCUGGUGGCGUUAGUCCUCCUGUCGGAUCACCGAAAACGAUCCCUAGAACAGUGACAGGUACACAGUCAGCCCCGGUUUUUGGAGAACUAUUCGGCAACACAAACCAUUGCCAAACGAAUUCAAUCCACUUCAUCCAUAGUCAGUCGGCGGGUAAUUUUGGGAGUAGCUCUUCCCUAGAAUUGGCGUUGCAUUCUGCAGCAACCAACUCUUCAAGCUCGUCGUCUCUGUCUGCGUCAUCGGUGCCGCCCAACGAUUUUCAGUCGAUGCAGAGCGGUCAUCCAAAGGCACGCAGUCGUUCAGGCCGCACUUCCCCCACCAAUACGACGAAUGCACACUACCGAUCAAACACAUCAACACAACACAACAAAGGACAGCUUUCCAACGGUGGGCGCAAGAACAUUCAUGCUGCGUUGAGUGGUGCACAUCGUCCGGCACUACUUGGCGAAUUUCAUCAAGCCACACCAGCGGAUCGUUUCAUUAUGCGUGCAAAUGACGUGGAGAUGAAAGUUCCACCCGAUGCUCUUACGGAUGGUAGCGUAUGGGACAGUUUGUCGAAAGCCAUCUGGGAAAGAUUUGCUGCCGCGCAGCAAUCGGAAGAAAAGUACAUUCAAAAGAUGGAGCUGUGGCGUGAGCUGUACAUUUGCAUCAAGAAAGGCUUUCCCAAGUAUAAUCUCUAUCUGGUCGGUAGUACGAUCUCUGGCUUUGGCGCUGACAGUUCCGAUGUGGAUAUGUGCCUUGUGUCGCGUAGCGGGCCGAGUUGUUACGAUCAUCGUUUCGAGGCACUGUUUAGUUUGUCGUUGGUGAAGGAAUACUUCAUGAACAUGCCAUCGUCCAGCUUCAGUGAAUUCAGUUUAAUUCAAGCGAAGGUUCCGAUACUUCGCUUUCAAGACAGCAAGAAUGGCAUUGAGGUGGAUCUAAAUUUUAACAAUUGCGUUGGAAUUCGAAACACCCAUUUGCUGCACUGUUACGCACAGAUGGAUUGGCGAGUCAGACCGCUAGUGUUGAUGGUGAAGCUGUGGGCUCAGCAUCACAAUAUAAACGAUGCGAAAAAUAUGACAAUAUCCAGCUACUCUCUCGUGCUAAUGGUUAUCCAUUUCUUGCAAUGUGGAACCACCCCACCAAUUUUGCCAUGCUUGCAUGCUAUGUAUCCGGAGAAGUUUAUGAAAAUUGUCGACAUUCACAAUAUAGAAAUGAUUGAACACAUCGAACCAUAUCAAACGGAUAACAAAGAAAGUCUUGGAGAGUUGUUAUUAAACUUUUUGGAAUAUUAUACAAAGUUUGAUUACGAGCAUUAUGCCAUAUCCGUGAGGACAAGUUCCAUUAUACCGAUAGAAGAAUGUCGACUGGCCAGAAGUUACAAAAACGAUCCCCAUCAUUGGAAGCAUCUGUGCAUAGAAGAACCUUUCGACUUCACUAACACCGCUCGGUCGGUUUUUGAUGGGGACGUAUUCGAACAGAUAAAGUCGACCUUUGCAACAUCGUGGCGGAUGCUGAAGGACAACAAGAAUUUAAAUGUCUUGUUCGGUGAACCAUUGUUCACCCCGGUCACAUCGACACUGUCCAUCACUUCGUGAUCAUUGCUCGUAUUCGUAAGAACAUUCCUCUGAAA